CUUUGGUUUGAGGACAUCUGGAUAACUUUUCAGUAAUCUCUACUGUUUGACACCACGAGAUGGAGAAGCAGCCCUUGCCCACUGACGAUGACAAGACAGGAACCACUGAGUCAGAAGUCGAUGGCUACGCCGGUGAAGAGAGCCAGCAGAGCUCGUCUGAGCCCCCCGCUCGAGCUGGAUGGAACAGUAAAAUAGAGUAUUUUUUGGCUCAAGUGGGUUUCAGUGUUGGGCUCGGCAACGUCUGGAGGUUUCCAUAUUUGUGUCAUCAGAAUGGAGGAGGUGCUUUUCUCCUCCUGUAUGUGCUGCUGAUGCUGGUCGUGGGUAUUCCCCUGUUCUUCCUGGAGCUGGCAGCCGGUCAGGCUAUUCGUCAGGGCAGCAUCGGAGUAUGGAAGUACAUCUCCCCCAAGCUCGCAGGGAUCGGCUACUCCAGCUGUGUGGUAUGUUUCUUUGUGGCUCUCUAUUACAAUGUGAUCCUCGCAUGGAGUCUCUUCUACCUUGGGAACUCGUUUCAGUCCCCUUUACCAUGGGAACAGUGUCCUCAACAGGGGAAUUUAACGGUGCAGGAAUGUGAAAAAAGCUCCCCUACCUCAUAUUUCUGGUACCGUAAAGCUCUGGAUAUCACAGACUCAAUUGAUGAGACGGGCUCAUUCAACCCCUACAUCGUCUGCUGUCUGCUGGUGGCCUGGACCAUUGUGUGCCUGGGAAUGUUCAAGGGCAUCAAGACGUCUGUCAAGGUGAUGUAUUUCUCCUCCAUCUUCCCUUACUUGGUGCUGUUCUGCUUCCUUGUGCGUGGACUCAUGCUUGAUGGGGCCCUAGAUGGAAUCAAAUACAUGUUUUACCCCAAGCUAAAAAUCUGGGCAGACAUACAGGUGUGGCGGCAGGCAGCCACGCAGGUCUUCUUCGCCCUGGGCCUCGGCUUCGGGUCCAUCAUCGCUUAUUCCUCCUACAAUCCCAAGAACAACAACUGCCACCGUGAUGCCUUCACCGUCUCCUCUAUAAACUUCCUCACAUCCGUGCUGGCCACCCUGGUGGUGUUUGCUGUGCUCGGCUUCCGCGCCAAAAAUAUGGCCAUGAAAUGUAUAGUCAGGAAUGUAAAACAGCUGUCAGAGCUGAUUAACAGCGGUUCAGUGGACACUAUUAGGAUACCACGCUUUAACUACUCUGAUCCCAGCUCUGUGGCCCUGGGGGACUACAGGGACUGGUUUAAAGAACAUGGGAACUUCACAGCCGGCAUCACAGACUGCGACAUGGAAAAAGAGAUGCAGACGGGUGUGGAGGGGACAGGUCUAGCCUUUAUUGCGUUCACAGAAGCCAUGUCACUCCUGCCUGGCAGCCCUUUUUGGUCGGCGCUCUUCUUCCUCAUGCUGCUCAACUUAGGACUCAGCACCAUGUUUGGCACUAUGGAAGGCAUCCUUGCCCCACUCACAGACCGCUUCAAGACUCUGGCCAACAACAAGACCAAAUUCACAAUUUUCAGCUGCAUCAUCGGCUUUGUGAUUGGCCUACUCUUCACCCAGCGCUGUGGUAACUACUUUGUUAUGAUGUUCGAUGAUUACUCUGCCACCCUGCCGCUCAUCAUUGUGGUGGUUUUUGAGACCUUCAGUGUGUCUUGGCUGUACGGAGCUGAUAGAUUCCUUGACGACAUUGAGGUCAUGCUGGGCUGGCGUCCCCAUGUCAUUUACAAGUACCUGUGGAAAUACAUUUGCCCGCUAGCUAUGAUGGGGCUGCUUGCAGCCACGACUGUUCGCAUGAUCAUCACACGACCAGUUUACAAGGCAUGGAACGAAGCCAAGGCUGCUGAAGAGGAACUGCAGUACCCAGGCUGGGCUCUGGCUGUUCUGGCUUUACUGAUCAUAUUUGCAAUGAUGCCCACCCCACUGGGCUUCAUCCACUCUAUCAUGCAGGACAGGAUGAAAAAAGCAUCCAGAGAUGCAGAGAUCGGUCGGUACAGCAUUGUUAGUACUGAUGACAAGUGUGAAACUCCCAUGACUGACAUGUCAGAACUAGAACAGAGAAACGGGGCAGCUAGUUCCUUAUCUUAAACUUUGGACUUUUGAUGUUACACAGUGAGAAAUGACCUUCAGUAUGCAGAUACAAUUUUAGUCCCAUAUUUAUUUAAUGUGGAAAAAAUGAAUUCCAAACAACUCUACAUUUUACAAUUGUUCAAAUCAGUGAAAACAAUAUUUUAGUUUGCAGUAUAAGCCAUAGACAUCACAUCAUGAUGUACUUCAUCAUUUCAAUUAAUAUCCUAAAAAUGAUGAUUUUAAAUAAUAAUAAUAAAUCAUCAAUUCUUUCCUUACAUUUUCUU